UCAUGGUCAAUUGGUAUACAAGAGAGGAGAUGGAAAGUGGCAACGACCACAAGCAGGAAAAUGUUGAAGCUCGCGGGACUUGGGGUACUCUUUCUAGGAAUGGUUCAGGUGGUUUCGGCCCACAAGAGAGGAAUGCAAAACGUUUCUCCCGAUGUGCUGAAGCAACUCGCGAUUGAUGAACCACAGUUUUGCAUCCCAUUUUAUCUGAUGAUGGCCCAGCAAUGCGUCAACGUCCCCAAGCUGUUCUAUCCAAAAAUGUUCAAGAAUUGUAGAAACCGCGGCAAGUCUUGGCGUCAGGGUAAACUUACUCAAUUCUCUGGUGGCAAAAGACGAGGCUAUGGUGGCAAGAGGAACUCCAAAAACCGACAAGCUCGAGAGGCGAGAAAAGGCUUUGGCCAGCGUAUGAGACAAAUGGCGGCUGAGUUGACGCCAGAACGCGGAGGGUGCAACGGAAACUGUAUGGCAGAGUGCGUCAUGAACAAAACUAACCACCUAGACCAAAACGGCAAUAUAAUUUUGGAAAAUUUAUUGGCAAACUACACGAAAGCUCUCGAUUUUCUGACAGCGGGUAGCAAAGCCGCCUGGAGCCCACUCAUUGCAAAUAUCAUCAACACUUGCAUGAACAGUGUGCAAACAAGCACAGAGGUGUUGGCAUCGACAACAACCACCACAUCAGGUUCCGUGCAAUCCACCCCAGCGAGUGUUGCAGCCACAACGUUCUGCAAAAGCGACAGUCUCAGAUUGAUCACGUGCAUUCAGAGAGAAUUUAUCCUCCAAGCACCAAACUCUGAAUUAAUCACCGCGUCGAACACACCUGCUGGAAAUCCAAUAUUGCCGACCUGCGCAGAUAGGAAAGCGCAAUUGAAAGGAUGUAAUUUCAAUUACAUGCUUUCUUCAGAUCAACUGAGGAAAUAUUUUGGAGAGUCCCGAAAGAAUAGAGCUUGGAAGUCAGGAUAUAGAGGAAGGCUGACGCAGAGUGCAAAACAAGGAGGCGCUGACAGCAGUGAAGAGAAUGGAGGACAGACGGGAAACCCGGACGUCGUCGAAGAAGGAGAUGACGGACAAUAAUUAUUUUUUGCAGCUACAAAGGUUUUGGUAUUUGAUUGGGAAGAGGGAAUGUGUGGUUUGCCCGUUUAUUUUAAUUUUAAUAAAAAA